AUGGCUGAAGGGGAACCAACCAAUUCUAUAACAUCAUGGAAUGAUCUCGCGAGGAAAUCUUUGGCAAGAGACUGUCCUCAUCACAAUCAGACAAAUGAAGUAUUAGCUCACACUUUCAUAGAAGGGCUUCUUGAGACGAAGAUUGUAGUGGAUGUUGCAGUGGGAGGCCAAGUAUUGGAGAAAAUCUUAGAUGAAAUAUAUGCAUUAUUGAACAAAUUCUCCAAAAGCAAUCCUGAUUGGCAAGAAGAGAUGGGCAGACACACAGUGCAAAAAUCUGCAGGGGUUAUCGAGUUAGAUAUCGUCUCUGUAUUAUCAGCACAGAUUGCCACAUUGGCCAACCAAGUCAACCAGAUGACCUUGGUUAUUAACAAGCAGCAAGCCCAGCCAAUACAACAGGUUCAAAUAUUUUGUGAGAUGCUAAAGAAAUUGAUGGCUGACCACCAGGCCCAAGCAGCAGCAAUGAGAAAUUUGGAGCGACAAAUGGGGCAACUUGCUAGUGCCCAAAAUACUCGACCAGUUGGAGCUCUUCCAAGUAACACUGAGGCUAAUACUAAGGCAUCUAUUAAUGUUGUGUCAUUGAGGAAUAGGAGACAGUUAGAAGAAAUCUCGUCGAAAAAGAGAAAGCAAGUGACCUUUCAUGAGAAACCAACCACCGUAGAAACAGAAUCAGAAAAGGCAAAGGAGUCCGAGAAGCCAGUUGAAGAGGUGCAAAUCAAUAUUCCACUAGUAGACAUCCUUCAAGAAGUGCCCAAAUAUGCCAAAUACAUCAAGGACAUAGUAGCGAAUAAGAGAAGGUUGACAGAGUUCGAUACUGUGGCACUCACUGAAGGAUGUAGCUCUAGAAUUCAAAGCAAGCUACCUCAGAAAUUGAAGGAUCCAGUAUUCAGACAAUUGGGGUUGGGUGAGCAGCGCCCAACCACGGUAAUUUUACAGUUGGCUGAUCGCUCCCUUGCUCAUCCUGAAGGAGUGAUUGUGUUAGUUCAAGUGGGUUCUUUCAUAUUCCCUGCAGAUUUUAUUAUCUUGGACUAUGAGCCUGAUCAGGAAGUCCUAUUUAUUUUGGGGUGUCCAUUCCUAGCCACGGGUCGAGCUAUUAUUGAUGUAUGUGAAGGAAAGAUGACGAUGAGAGUGGGAAACCAAGUGGAGGUAUUCAAUGUGUAUAAAGCACUCAGAUUUCCAGCCCACUAUGAAGAGCUAUCCAUUAUUUCUGUGGUGGAAAGUGAUAUGACGUCAUUGGUGCCUUAUAUGAGAUCCAUAGAUCCUCUAGAACGAGCCUUGAUUGGGAUGAAGAAGACAGUGAAGAUGAGAUGA